AUGUCUAAAAUUAUGAAGGUUGAGACAGAUGAUCCUGGGGGGCUCAGUUUGGCAGCAUCCGCAUCACAACUGGAGCAGGCACAAGAUUGCAAAGAUCACAUCCAUCAGAUAUUGGUGAUUAAAGAAGAUCUCAUUGAUGGGAGCUCCAGUGUGGACCAGCAGGAGCAAGAAGUCUCUGAAAUAAAACAGGAAAAGGAGGAGCUGUGGAUCAGUCAGGAGGAAAAUCAGCUUAGUGAUGAAAAGCCACCUCCGUCAUCAAAGAUUCAACCAAUCAAAACUGAAGAGAACAUAGAGACGGAAGUUUCAACCAGCCAUUCAGCUGAAUCUGUUGGAGAGGACUGUGGAGGACCAGAACCAGACAGGAACCCUGUGUCAUUAUUUUCUUCCCAACACAGUAAGAUAGUGGUUCACAGAAGACCUGAAACAUAUAAACUAACUGCUAACCUUACAGCUCAGAGUGAAGGCCAACAUGAAGAGAAACCAUUUGGUUGCAAUCUUUGUGGCAAAAGAUUUAAACUCAAACACUCUGUAAAAUUACAUAUGAUGAUUCACAGCGGAAAGAAAGAACAUAGAUGUGAUAUCUGUUCUAAAGAAUUUUUGGAAAAGCGUUCUCUUCAGACACACAUGAGAGUCCAUACUGGGGAGAGGCCAUUUUCCUGUGACGUUUGUGGUUCAAGAUACACACUUAAGACAUCCCUUAAAAAGCACAUGAGUAUUCACUCCAGACAAAAAAAACUAGUUUGUUCUAUUUGUAGUAAAGAGUUUGCACAACAGCAAAAUCUAAAGAAGCAUAUGCAUGCUCACACAGGACAGAAACCAUUUAUUUGUGGUAUUUGUAGCAAAGGGUUUUCAUUUUCACACAGUUUAAAGUGUCACAUGCGAGUUCACACAGGAGAGAAACCCUUUAUUUGUUGCAUUUGUGCUAAAGGAUUUUCACUCGCAUUCCGUCUAAAACUGCACAUGCUUGUUCACACGGGAGAGAAACCUUUCACUUGUGUUGUUUGUAGUAAAAGAUUUUCACAGAAAGUUAAACUAACGAAGCACAUGCGGGUUCACACGGGAGAGAAACCCUACAUUUGUAGCAUUUGUAGCAAACAGUUUUCACAGCACUGGAAUCUAAAGAGACACAUGUUUGUCCAUACAGGGGAGAAACCUUAUAUUUGUAGUGUGUGUAGUAAAAGAUUUGUACAACAUUUAGACCUGAAGAGGCACAUGUGUGUUCACAUGGGAGAAUCCUUAUGAUUGCAUAAAAACAAAAUAAAUAUGUUGUUUACAAAAGGUUAUAUAGAUGAUAUUUUUUCCUGGUGAAGUACUAAUUAGAUAUUUCAUAAAAUAGGAUGAGGAUGGUUGUUUUAUUCAAUAACUGCUUCUGUCACCACGGCUAGAGAUUUAUCAUGAAGUACAGGUUCUGUAGCUUGUAGUAAAUUGUUUAUAUUAAAUUCAGAACGCCAACUUCUCUGCCCUUUGAGCUUUAAAUUAUGCGAUUAAGGAUGCAGAAAGACUGG